AGCAAUAGCAACGACAACAACGACAACAACAACGACAACGACAACAACUACUUAAGAGUUUAAGGAGCAACUAUUCAAUUUGUAGGUAAACAGCUUAAGGAGUCUCAACAUAAUGCGGAACUACGCCUUAUUUGGAUUAUAUGCGCUGUUAAUCGUCAACGCAACAGUUGGACAACCGUUGCAGGAGCAAUCGGAGCAACGGGAGCAACAGGAGCAGCAACAGGAGCUCAAGGAUGACAGUGGAGCACGCAUAACGCGACAAGUUGCUGGCUAUGGUGGCUAUCCGCUAUAUGGCAGUGGUUACGGUGGUUACGGAGGCUACGGAACUGGUUACGGAACUGGUUACGGAACUGGUUACGGAGCCGGCUACGGUGGUUACGGAGCUGGUUACGGAGCUGGCUUAGCAGGCAUUGGCGGCAUGGGAGCUAUUGGAGGCUUGGGAGGCAUUGGAGGCCUGGGAGGCAUCGGAGGAUACGGCGGAUAUGGUGGCUAUGGUGGAUAUGGUAGCUAUGCAGGCAUUGGGGGAUAUGGUGGCUAUGGAGGCAUUGGUGGAUAUGGUAGCUAUGGAGCUGGCAUGCGUUAUCCGUACUCUCCAUAUGGCAGCAUGUACGGCGGCAGCGGUUACUAUGGUCGUCCCUAUGGUGGAUACGGCGGAUACGGUGGAUAUUCGCUUAUUUAAAUUCCAUUUCAUAUCGAAAUACAAAUACAAAUCUU